AUGGAAUUUGAUGUCUCCAUGAGGCCGUUUGCGUGUGGAACUGUCACUGAUCAGUGCUUGUUCACCCGCAUUCCUUGCUCAAAAGAGUAUCUUAGUCAAGAUCUCUGUAGUAUCAGCACAUUCUGUAUUGCCACCAGCCUAAUCAAACUGGGCAAAGUUGUAAUGACCAUGUCCUCAAUUGGAGGAAUCGUGCAUGUCCAAGAACCAGCAGAUCUCACAUUUAGAAGUUCAGAUCUAGCCAGAGGUGGUAAAAACAAUGGGCUAGAGAUUGGAUCAAUCAUUGGGGGCAUCCUCGCUGUUCAAUUGGUUUUGGUUUUUCUAAAUGGAAUUUGGAAGCCAAAUGCAAAUACAGAUUUACCGGUCAAGGUACUGAACCAUGUCAGAACUCGUUCAUUUAGCAUAGAAGAGCUAAGGACAGCGACACAGAAUUUCAACCAAGAGAUCGGUAAAGGAGAUUUUGGAACUGUCUUCUAUGGCAAGUUACUCGAUGAAAAAGAAAUUGCUGUAAAAGUUCUGUCCUCUUCAUCGAAGCAAGGACUAUUAGAGUUCUUAUAUGAGAAGGAUCUUCUCUCAAGACUGAAUCACAAGAACUUGGUGUGGUUGCUUGGCUACUGCAACUCCUCCAAGGAGCUUAUGCUUGUUUACGAAUACGUGGGUGGAGGAUCGCUCAGGGAUUACCUUCAUGGCCUCGAUUAUGGUUUAAUGGGGCGUCAUAUAAAUUUGUUUAACUUGAAGGUUUGGAAUAUCUGCAUUCGAGGUCCAGACCGAAAAUCAUUCACAGAGAUGUAUUUUAGUACCAACAAGUUGACAGAGAGAAAUGAUGUGUAUAGCUUUGGAGUAGUCUUAUUAGAGAUUAUAUGUGGAAGAAAACCAAUUGAAGAUGCAGCUUGUGAAGAAGAAGUCAAUCUUGUGAGAUGGAGGAAUAUGGUUCAGCUGAUUGUAGCAGCAGCCUCCGUCACGCUGGCUGAUGACAUAAAUAUUCAGCUAAACCAUUCAUGA